AUGACUAUGAUAGCUGUUAUGAGUGGCAAGGGCGGAGUCGGGAAGAGCUCAAUCUCGAUAAUGCUUAGUACGAUGAUGUCUGAGAGGAAGAAGACGUUGCUCUUGGACUUUGACUUGUGUGGGCCAAGCAUAGCCGGCGGACUUGGAGUCAGAGAAAGCAUCUACAAAGGAGAAAAGGGAUUGGUUCCAGUAAAGGUGACUGAAAACUUGUAUAUGCUUUCAAUGGCGCUGCUUAUGAAGGACAAUGACUCUGUCAUAUGGAGAGGCCCAAAAAAGAUAUCUGUUCUGUCAAUGUUUUAUGAAUCCAUUGAUGGGUUUGAGAAUGUGAUUAUUGACAUGCCACCUGGGAUAUCUGAGGAGCACGAGUUCCUGGUUGGGAAGGAUGCAUGUGCUUUGAUUGUCACCACGCCCCAGAAUGUAUCUCUCGAAGACUCCUCAAGAGCCAUCAACUUUUGUAUCUCGAGCGGAAUUAGGGUUUCUGGGCUGAUUGAAAACAUGAGCGGGUACCGCUGUGAAUGCUGUGGAAGCUUGACAAAUAUACUUGGGUCUAGGGGUGGAGAAAGGCUUUCCAAGGAGAUGGAGGUUCCUUUUGUAUGUAGACUACCUAUAGAUCCUCUAUUAUGCGAGGCAUUGGACGAGGGAAGAUUCGUAGAGAAAUGCGAAUCGAUAGACACCUACGUGGGAUUCAGAAAGUCUGUUUUGGAGAUAGUGAACAUUUGA